AUGGACCGCCGCGUCCAGCUCGCCGCCCACACCGCCAUUCAAUUCUACGACAUGCAGGACCGGCUCGGAUACGACCGGCCCAGCAAGGCCGUCGAUUGGCUCAUCAAGAAAUCCAAGGCCGCAAUCGACGAGCUCGACGAGCUUCCGCCGUGGAACCCGAACUCAAUUUUUGUUCAGACAACAUCUUCUCUGACGGUGGGGAUAUCCGCCGCGCAGGACAAGCAGAACGCGAGCCUCCAUUUCUCGAUGGUAGAGGCUCUGAGUUCUUUGUCUGCUAAUCGGCGAGGUGCAAUGGUGGGUAGCAGCGGAGUGGCAGAGCUGGUGAAUCAGAACAGCUCGAAUUUUCUGCAGGCGAGGAUAGUGUGA